AUGAAAACAGACAAAUUAGAAAAUGUGAAAACAGAAAUGAAAAGACUGGAUAUAGAGAUAUUAGGAUUAUGUGAAACACGAUGGGCAGACAGUGGUGACUUUUGGUCCGAUGACUUUAAAGUUAUUUGUACAAAUAGUACAAGAAGGCAAGCGUAAUUAUUUCUAACAAAAAGUGGGAUACAAGAAUUAAAAAUGUGGUAAGCUGUAGUAGUAAAUUAUGCCUUUGUUAAANUGGAAUCAAUAUCAACUAAUUUUGUAAUAAUAUAAAUUUACAAGCCUACAUCAAAAUCAGAUGAUAAAGAAGUUGAAGACUUGUAUACAAGCAUUAUUCAACUGAUAAGGAAAUAGUAGGUCUGAUAGAUGAGAGAUGAAAAUAUAAAAACAACAGCAUGAGAGAAGGGUGACUAAAAUAUCAUCAUCUAAGGAAUCAGAUUAACUGGGGAGCCAAGAAGUCCAAGGAGAUUCGGCUUGAAAAGCAGUGUAGGGAAAUUGAUGAGCUUUUCAAAAUCAAUAGAAUCGAUCAACAAAUUGUUUGUCGACCAGCCUCGAGGUUUGACUAUCGUGGGCUACUGGCCUACCGGGUAAUGACUGGUGGACCGCACGGAUAUAUUAGGUGACCAAAGAAGAAAAUGAAUAUGGAUUUUAUGUGGUUACUAUUUUAUGUAUCGAAGUAAUUAAAAUAUACUUAAAUUACUACGAAAAUAGAAAGGGGGGAUGAAGGAGUUGCUUAUUACUGAAAAACAAGAAUUUGCAAUACUUACGAUUAAGGGGUACAAAUUAAAUGGGCGGUACGCUGACCGUAAACCCGAUUGAUGAAUAGGCAAAUACCGUUGAAGUGGACGAUAUUGUUUGCUAAACACGAUGUAGGACCUUGGCGAGUAGCAAGGUGCCACACAACUCUAACCGGGGAACCGUGAGACGUUCAUCCGUGUGCUCUAAUGUCAAUGCCGCUACUUUUGAUUUCGCGGUGAUAAAAUGUAUAGUAGUAGGUUUGGAUUUGUAGAAAAGCCGGAGAUAGACGACAGCUGAAUAGCCUUUCAGAGAAGCGUCGGAGAAGCCAACCAACUGGACGUCACAGCUUUCUUGGACGGGAAUGUGCCGGUGGAGUUUUACAUGCGUUAAGAAUGGUAACUCAGAGGAUCAAUGACACUUGUGGCAAUGACGUAGCGUAA